UUCAAGGCUAUUGCUGGCUUUUUAAAUUCAGAUCUCCAACAGCCAGCAGAAUCCUGAUCGUGCAUAUCCAGUCGCCCAUUCCUAGCAGGUUGGAGAUGAGGUGAAACAAACGUCAGCCGAGCCCAGGCAGCGGCGCCUGCGCACUUAGCGCGGUUCCUGCUUUUUUUUCCUCUUCUCCUCCUCCUCUUCCAUUCCGUGAUCCUGCAUUUUGACGGUGAAAACGGCGGGGUUGGUGGGGGGGUCGCUGGUGGAUUUGCAGCAUUCUUUUCCUCUCCCUGCCCAGGGUUUCCGAGACGUUGCGAAGGAAGGAAGGAGGGAAUUAGAGCGCCGGUGCCUUGUCGGUCCCCUGGAGCUCGCGAGCAGCUGUGUCGAGUCCCCGGGACGCGCGCUUCGAUUGUGACGAUGGUUUGCGGCGGGUUCACCUGUUCGAAGAACUCGCUGUGUGUCCUUAACCUGCUGUACAUCCUGGUCAGUCUGUUGCUGAUUGGAAUUGCAGCAUGGGGUAAAACCUUUGGACUCGUUACAAGCUUCUCUGUCGUUGCAGGAGUGAUUGGCGUGGGAAUCUUUCUCUUCCUUAUUGCUUUGAUUGGACUGCUGGGAGCAAUUAAACACCAUCAAGUGCUGCUGUUUUUUUACAUGAUCAUUCUGUUCUUGGUGUUUGUAGUCCAGUUCUCGAUCUCCUGUGCAAGCCUCGCGCUCAAUGAGAAUCAACAGAACCAUUUUCUGGAAGUGGGAUGGAACAAAUCGGUAGAAACCAGAGGAGAUGUGGAGGGAUAUCUAAACUGCUGUGGAUUUAAUGAAGUGAACGUGAAUGAAACCUGCAAAACUCAUUGUACCAAUAACUGUAAACCAUGUGGACCAAUUUUAAGAACCUAUGCUGGUGAAGUACUGAGAUUUGUUGGUGGUAUAGGUCUUUUCUUCAGCUUCACUGAGAUUCUGGGAGUUUGGUUAACACACAGAUACAGGAACCAGAAAGAUCCACGAGCAAAUCCAAGUGCUUUCCUGUAGGAGAAAUUUUGGGAAAGGCCACGCUGCUAGAAUAUUGCACUUCUGAUGCAUCCUGUGAAUUUUUUUGUUAUUCAGACUUCCUAUAACUCAAAUCCCAUGUUGCUUGCAAGAUGUUUUUUGAAGUGGGAUAAGAGUUUUCUUUGUUACUCCUUCCUGGAACUUGUUUGAUCUUUCAGAAUUUUAGCAACUCUUUGCAGCCUACUCCUUGUUUUAAACACUACUUCAGCACAAGAGGAUUCCUUAGCAGCAGCCUUUAUCUCCUUGUGCAGUCUUUUUAAAUAAAAACACUACUUUGGCAUUAGAUGUAAUUUUUCAAAGGAAAGAAUAAAAGUUAAUAUGCAUUAUUAUUAAACAGCAAGGCCUCCUAAGAGUAUUGCAGUGUAUGAUGCCUUUGAUUUCCAUUUUCCACAAAUGAAUUUGGCUGAAAUUGAAGAGAUUUUUUUUGAUUGGGUGAUAACCACUGUUAAUAUUAAACAAAUUAGAAUAUAAGUAAAUAUAAGCAUUAAUGCAGUUUGUUUUUAUGUAACAUACUGUACUUUGUGGAUUUUCAGAAGAUAGUUAUAGAUUUGUCUGUUGUCCAAGACACACAAGAUUAAUACAUUUAAGGAAUUUGUGGUCAUUGAUCUUUUGAUCAGCUCUUAGCAAUAGUCACCUGAGGAAAUGCAUUUCUUUCUGCUGUAAAACCUUUGAGUUGUAGAAGUACUUGCAGGAUUGUGUGGAUGUGUGUAGAAAAACUCAUUUCCUUGGGGGGGGGAAAAACACCCAGUCCCUUCUGACCAUACUGUUUCUCUAGCUUUGGAAAUGCUUUGACUUGCCUUUACAUCUGCCAGUGUAAUUAAUGUGAAGCUCUGAUGUAGCCCUGUUGUGUCCUGAUCAGUGAUGAAUUUAGUAUAAUUUUGGCUUUGGCUCAGGUUGUUAUUACCUUAGUCUACUUACACUGAUUUAAACGCAUGUUUUUGAUCAUAAAAACUUAUGUUUGCUUUCACGUGCACAGUAAAAUUGAUUAAUUGGAAAUGUAGCUAAUUGGAAACAAAUUGCUUAAUGUGUUUGUCUAGCCAAUGCUUUCUUCGCAUGUGAUUGAGAAAUUGUUUAUUCAGUUAUUUAAAAUAUUGUCCAAUUGUAUACAAUAGCCAUUUAAAGUUGAGUAAAUUUGGUAGCUUGGUAUUUCAAUAAGUGUACAAGUCAAAUCAUCGAUCAUUUGUAACUUUGGAAUGGAAGUGAUUUAAAAUAUCUUAAUGUGGAGAAUAUAAUAUUUACAGGAUGAGUAUGUUUUAGGAGACCAUGGAUAAAUCGUGGACUCUAACCAUUAAAAUUUCACAUGUGGAUGAGUAAAUUGAAUUUCUGUUCUUUGUA